AUGGCACAUCGAGAUUUUGCUACAGAACAUUAUGCCACCCUACUGCGCGACUUGAACUCCGUGAACAUUCCUCGUCGCUCAGCUGUACGGGGCUCGCCAUCCAAUGUGGAGCAGCAUUUCCCAUCAAACAGUCGUGAAUCUAUUGGGGAAUUGCAACCGGAGAUCAAACUGCUCGAGUAUACCAGUCUACCAGAGUACAAAUCGUCAGAUCAUCGCCCCGUGGUCGGUUCGUUUGAGUUUGCUGUUCCCUCUCGGUGGUUCAGUCUGCCCGUGAGCUUCAUUGAACCUAUGGGGAAGGCCUCAAAAACAUUUAACUGUCAAGCUGCAAUGCCACCCGAAGGAAGCACGAGGGCUGAGAUACUGCCAGGUUGUCCAUGCCUAGGUAACAGUAGUCGAGGCGCUAGUAUUGGAUGGCCCAAGUGGUUAGAGCGCGAAUUUACUGACCGGAAGAUCCGUGGUUCGAACCCGACCUAUGUCUCUCGACUUCCCCUGUCUAGGCUUGGGCAACCUGGGAGUAUCCCAGCCCUCGUGCUUCCUUCGGAUGGCAUGGCAGCUAGGCACCGGAGGGGUGCUACAGCUGAACUGAACGCUUCGGCUAAUUCACUUCUCAUCGCUGUGUG